UCGUCUUUCUCUCUCUCUCAUUCUAUCUCUAUUUGAAUUUAAUUUGACUUUCAGUGUUUGUGUUGAGAUAAUUGAUAAGAUUACUGUCAUCUUGAAAUCUUCAAUCUAAUCAUUGUGUGUUUUUGUGUGUGUAAAAAAAAUACUGAAACAAUCAGUGGUCCAAUCAAAUUUUCAUAAUAAAAAUAUUGACCUUACUACCACCAUCAAAUAUAUACGUUUAUAAUCAAUUUUUAUAUAUCAACUUAAUAUCAACCAAGAUACAACAACAACAACAAAAAUGGCCACUGGUUCAUCAUCACCAUAUCUAAAUCACCUGUCCAAUGCACAUGAACAGCAGGCACAUUUAAUGCAAGUUGCAGCUGCGGCUGCCGCUGCAGGAGGUGUCUAUGGUGGUGGAUCACGUGAACAAUCACAAUCAUCUGGAACAACAUCAUCAAUAACAACAUCAAAUUCGUCGGCAGCAGCAGCCGCAGCAGCAGCGGCAGCAGCCGUUGAUCUUAAAUAUUCAAUGCAUCCACAAGCUAAUGGACAUACAACAGCGGCUACAUUAGGUCAACAUCAUUGGUCAUCAUCGUUAGGUUUACAAACAUCACUUGGUACAUCGUCUAAUCAUCAAUCACCACAUGGUCCAUCGCCUGUAGGUAGUAUAUCAUCUCCACAUCAAAUGAGCCAUGCAUCAAGUGGACAAGCAGUUGCGGCUGCUGCGGCAGCAGCAGCAGCUGCCGCUGCUGCUGAUAUGCAAAUGCCAAAUCCGUGGGCCACAGCCGGUGUAAUGCAUGGUAUGCAUCAUUCACAUCAUCCACAUCAUCAUACUGCUCAUCAUCCACAUCAUAUGCAUCAUAGUCCAGAUAUAAAGACACAUGGUGGUGGACAUGGUCAAUCACAGAAUGGUACAAGUUCAUCAUCAACAACGUCAUCAAAUGAUUUAGCAUCGAUACAUGCGGCUGCAGCAGCUGCAGCAGCAGCAGCACAUCAUGUACAUGCAGCGGCACAUCGUGGUACACCUCAUCAACAUAGUAUGGCACCAACAUGGCAUCCAAUGUCAUUAACGAUGUCUGGUCAUCAUCAUCAACAUCAUCAUCCACAUCAUCAUCAUACUGGUACACCACCGCCUCCUCCACAUAGUAAUGGUGGUUCCCCAUUGCAUCAACAUUCAAUGGCAGCAUAUCCAAGCAUGAAUGGCAUGUUAGCUGCUGCAGCUGGUGGUGGUCAAGCAUCAAUGCUACAUCCAGCUAUGCGUGGACAUAGCGGUCUUAGUAGUGAUUUAAGUAUAUCAAUGCAAAAUGAAUUAGUAUCACGGUUAGAUGAAAAAUCAUCAUUCUCAAUGGGUUUAUUAGGAUCAUCGGAUUCGUCUAUACCACGUGUCCAUUCAGGAAGUGUAACCGGUACUGAAAGUGCAGGUGAAGAAGAAACACCCAGUUCUGAUGAUCUUGAACAGUUUGCCAAACAGUUCAAACAAAGAAGAAUCAAAUUAGGUUUUACACAAGCCGAUGUUGGUCUUGCAUUAGGUACAUUAUAUGGCAAUGUAUUCUCACAGACGACGAUUUGUCGUUUCGAAGCAUUACAGCUUAGUUUCAAGAAUAUGUGCAAAUUAAAACCAUUAUUAGCUAAAUGGCUAGAGGAAGCUGAUUCUACGACCGGUUCACCAACAUCGAUCGAUAAGAUUGCUGCUCAAGGAAGAAAACGUAAAAAACGUACUUCGAUCGAAGUAUCAGUGAAAGGAGCAUUGGAAACACAUUUCCAUAAACAACCGAAACCAUCAGCUCAGGAAAUAACAUCAUUAGCCGAACAUUUGCAAUUAGAGAAAGAAGUGGUUAGAGUUUGGUUUUGUAAUAGGCGCCAAAAAGAGAAACGUAUGACACCACCAACUGGACAAUUGGAUGGUACACCUACAUCAGCAAUGAUGAUGAGUCCACCACCGGAUGAUGGUAUGCAUAGUGGAGGGGGUAGUCCACCAUUAUCGAUGACACAUGGCCAUCUUUCACAUCAUCAUCAUCAUCAUCCACAUCAUAAUAAUAAUAAUCAUCAUCAUCAUCAUCAUCAUGGUCAUCAUCCACCACAUUCACCGCCUUAUUCACCACCAAAUCCUGGUCAUAUGUUAUCAGGCAAUAAUGGUGGUGGUCAUCAAUCUGGUCAUCCUGGUAAUGGUGGUGGUGGUGGCAGUUUAAAUCCAAAUGUAUCAAAUCCUAAUUCGAUCCAUACACAAUUAACGGCACACUGACAUCAAGCGGCACUGGGCGGCAUAUCAUCAUUAUCAUCAUCAUCAUCAACAUCACCACCACUACUACUACCACAACAAUCAUCAUCAUCAUCAUCAUCAUUAUUAUUAACACCGUCAACAUCAAUAAUAUCAAUGUUUAAUCACAAUAACAAUUAUCAUCGACAACAGC